UCAUGGCCGUCGAAAAUAAUUUUGUUUUUCUCACCGUGGGAACAACAAGUUUUGAUCUACUUAUUGAAACUGUUUCCAAAAAAGAAAUAUGUCAGGUGCUGAAGGAUGCUGGUUACACGAAGCUGCUCCUGCAGAUCGGACGAGGGACGUUCGAACCACAGGAUGAGCAUCCAAUCGCUGGAUUCACCGUCGAAUAUUAUCGAUACAAGGAUUCUAUAUCUGCUGACAUUAAGAACUCGUCGUUGGUUAUAAGUCAUGCAGGUGCCGGUAGUGUGAUGGAAUCGCUAGGCGCAGGAAAGCCACUCGUCGUUGUGAUCAACGAGGAGUUGAUGGGCAACCACCAGAUGGAGCUGGCUAAUCAACUCUAUAAAGAUGGUCAUCUUUUUUACUGCACGUGCAGGCAGUUAAACGACGUCUUACAGAAUCUGAACAUCGGUGCUUUGAAACCGUACAAACCAGGAGAUCCAAAAGUAUUUAGUAACUUUCUCGACAAGAUUAUGGGUGUCUCAUAACCAUUAGGGAUUUAAGACGGACUUCAGACUUUUUCCUCUUACUGAAUGCUAAAUUGGAUAGCUGGAAUAGAGGGAUCUCUGUCUCACCUCUCCGUGGAUUUUUUAAUUUUCAAAAUUGGACCAAAAAUAAGUAUUUUAGAUGCCGCUUUGUGCAAGUGAGUGCAAAUCAAAGGAUAGGGUUUUUUCAAGAGAAACAUUUCAGACUUUUUGUCUUCGCUCGUAAUAUGAUUAGAGGUGACGUCCUAUUUAUUACAAGUAAUUUUCUUGUCAUAAACAUUGGGACUGGUGCACGAACAUAUCCCACUAAGGAGCAACAAAUUCGCUGGUGUAGUCCGUGGUCGUUUCAAGGUGUGACCACCGGUACUGAAAUUUUCGUCUGGCUGGUACUGAUGAUAAGCUCUGCAGGUUGCAACUUGGCCAGAAUCGAGCUGGGAGGAUUUUCACCUGGACGCAUCGUAAGGACCACAUCGGGGUGGCGCUUAGGGACCUUCGUUGGGUCUCUCGUAAUCCACGUAUAAUACAAAAGUGUUCAGUGUGCAAGGCAUCCUGGUAUACACCUUUCCAGAAAUGGGGCGCUGAGUGUCCGAAAUAGUGAUGUCAUAAGGGGAAACUAGGCCUUAUGGUGGAGGGACAAAGGAGAUAGUCAUGGUUGACCAACACACUUGAAUGCCUUUGAUGACGGACAAGGGGGAAAAAGUGGUUUUCAAUAUAUUCUGCCGGAGAAUAUACAUGGGUUGAUUUAAUGCAUGCACCGCAGAAAAACUCGCUGGUUAAUAAACCUUGGAAUUUACGGCAUAUCAUGUACAGUGGAACCUCCCUAAGCGGACACCUCUCUAUUAAGGACAACCUAUCUAUUAAGGACACUAAUUUUGGCUCCAAAUUGAUAGUUUCUAUUCAAUUUGACCUCUCUAAUCAGGACACCUCUCUAUUAAGGACAGCACUUGCUAGUCCCGAGGGUGUCCCUAAUAGAGAGGUUCUACUGUAAUAUUCACCUGGUUGCCAGAUGGAAAUAAUUUAUUUUAGAAAAUUUACCUAGGAGAUUUUGCUGUUUUUUUGUGAGGAAGCUUUUUGGGAGCCCUGCAUGCGAGAUUGUUGCACAAACACAAGAAUAUUUCCUUUCGAUACUCUCCUAACCCAUAUUUGAAUUGAAAUUGAAUUGAAAUAUCGAGAGGUGGGUGUGACCCGCUCUACCAAAACUAGGCGCUUGUCGCAUCUGAACUUGACAGGUUGAUACGGACUUGUUGUUCAUUUCCCUAUUGUAGACCUUUUGUCGAAUGUGACCAAAUCAGUUUGUAAUAGAUUUCACAAAAGAUCGUUAAAGUGUUGUAGAUGCUAAAAAAUUCUGUAUAUCGUAUUCUCAAUACCAAGAUCAUGAUCAUUCAAACGGUGUAUGAAUACGUGCAGUGAAGCUUGCUGGGCUAACCUAUCAUAAGGUUUAUUGCACUUAAUCAUUUUUGAAGCCUGUCAAAUUAAAAACAGCAUUUGGCGGGGGAAGUGUCUUAAUAAUAGAGCGAUUAAGUGUGCCACCAACCAUGGCUUUUUGUCGUGGCAACAUGCAACAAUUGCUGUUUAAAUAAGUUAUUGUUUGAUUUAAGUUGAUGGCAUUUAGCAGGGACCUCCGAUGCCUGUUAGAGCUUCUUGCAAUGACCAUUGCUGUAUCAGGACAUUCCCCCCUCCGGUCAAUUGCCCCUGACUAAUCCCCCCUAGAAAAUUGCCCCCCAUAACAUUGUCCCACGGUCAAAUUACCCCCUAGGAAAAUUGCCUCCUGCAAAAUUGCAGUUGACCUAGUAUAUUAUUCAUACGGGGUGUGCGGGAUCUCAAAACCACGACUGAAUCGUCUUGUCAACGAGGAAACCUUGCCAUGAGGCUCUCGAUGUUCAGAAAAAUUUGCGCCGUCUCUCUUUUUGAGGCCUGGCACAUUCUGCCAGGUUCGUUAUCAAAAUAUUGAACCACGGCGUCUGAAGUUAUCGGUUUGCCUAUGAAAAAUACGUGCCGAGUACCUGGAGUGGAAAUGAUGACACAAAAGGAACACGUUACUGACUGAUCUCACCGACAAUACAAUAUCUAUCUACAUGUAUAGUGAGCCUAUGUGUAACACUCGCAUCUGAAUUGGCUUAAACACAUCUACACAGCAUUGCUUGCCCCUACUUCCAUAUCUGAGCUCCUCUCAUUCUACGACGCCGGGAGAUCCCUGACGUCUGAGGACCCCAGUCUCCGGAGGAUCCCCAGGAUCGUCUGGAGACUUACGGUGACAGGAGCUUCCUAGUGCAGGCAGCCAGACUUUCGAACAAACUCCGUCCUGAUACACAAAGGCUAAGAGUGUCACCAUCUUCAGACGUGGGCUUAAAACCCAUCUGUUCAGACGAUAUUUGAAGCAACGCAUCAGAGCAAAUUCAUUUUGGAUUUUGCGUGAUAUAUAUAUUCAUGUAAGUGUAAAUUGCAUUCAUUCAUUACUGAUAAAAUUCAGAGGAAAUUUCAA